AGGAAAUUGGUAAGAGUGGCUAAAGUGAUGAACUCUGGAGACUAGGGCCUAAUUCCAAUGACAAACAAAAGAGAACGUGUUCCUUUCUGCUGAAUUGUGUACUGGAUAUACACACAACAUCCCCUUCUGAGGGGAGUUACUCCCUUCCCUGUUCCUCAGGGUUAUAGUGGGACAGACACAGAAGCCGGCCCUCACCAUUGGGGCAGACAGGUGAUGCAGGCUUGAGUAAUCAUACCACCCCUUUCCUUUGAAUACAAGGAUUGGUCCAGGGAUAUGCACACGACCCAAACAGGGCCAAUCAUAGUUCUUCCCUGCGAUCGAUACAUGAGAGGGGUGCUGUAGUUUGAGAGAACAUUAGAUAGGAUGGACGGCCUCUCCAAAGCAGUGACAUUUAAACUGAAACUAGAAUAAGAAGAAGCUUGCUGUGCAAAGAGGAAGGGCAGAGGAAGUAACAAGUACAAACGUUUUGAGGCAAGAAUGGCUAAGCUUAUUGAAGGGAGAUAAGGUCAGUGUAAAGUGCUGUUCCCAUUGCUGAACCGCUCUCCUCACUCUUGUUAGCUGCCUUUCAGUUGGCCCUAACUGAAGGUGACUCCAUGCACGACGGACUGUUGUGAUCCAUAGCGUUUUUGGAAAGCAGACCGCCAGGCAUUUCUUCCAAGUCUAUUUGAGUCUGGCAGCGCCACUGGAACUUGUUCAGCAUCACAGGGACACACAAGCCGCCAGUGACUGAAGGGUGGUGGAUUUGCUUGAGGCGCACUGACCGAAAAUCCGGGGCUCCCGCAUGGAAGGUGAGAAUUCUACCGUUUAACCACCACUGCCCUCCCCUCACUCUUAACCUAAGGAAUUCCUGCUCGCACCUCAGACUUCAGCUCGCAUGUCACUCCCUCAAGUAAGGCCUCCCAGAUGGCAGGGCAUGUCUCCCUCCGCCUGCAGCAGAUGACAGGCUUGCUUCUAGGGUCUAGGUGUCUGUGUUUACCAGACCCACGGAGGUCGGCAAAAGGUGUGACGGGACAAGAAGAUGUGGACUGAGGGCACGAAGGGGGUCGCACAAACCUCCUUGCGGGAAAGCGAAGGCGCCUUCUGACUCCUGGACCCCAAAGCAGCGCGUUGAGAGCGACGCCAGCGCGCAGAGCGGCCGCUCACGGUACGGAAGUGCAUCCCCGGAGCCCCUCUAGGAAAUCCGGAGGACCCGGCUUGUCAGUGAUCCUGGGGCUGAAGCGGACAGGGCACGGCGCACAGGACAUUCCAGGGAGCCGACUCGGUAGGAGGAGGCUAGGUGGGGCUCGUGUCGGGGCGGGAAUCCGCAAACAGCAACGCCGGAAAAAGUGAGGGGGUGUUGGCAGGAUCGACCACCUGUUCCUCAGCGGCGUGCGGCACCGCUUGAUUGGCUGAGAGCCCCCCGGGUACCGGAAGUGGCCGAUGCCCGUCGCCCGUGACACCGAGACAACAGCCGCGGGCUCGGAGAGAGCGGGCGGAGCGGCGCCAGGAGCCCGAGCGGACUGAGCGUGGGGCGAUACGGCCUGCGAUUUUGAGAUGGGGACUCAGAACAAGGUGAUUCCCAAGGAAGAAAUUUCUGAAGAAUAUGAACCACAUGGGGCAAUAUUAGAAAGACUUCCAAAGGUGGUUUACCAGGGUCAUACGUUUGGCACAGCAUGUGAAGAACACAUGCUGGAGGGACAUUCGAGAGAGUCCACAGAAGAAAUUGUGGAGCAGCUAUCUCCUCAAGAGAGAGACUUUGUAUCAGAGUUGAUUAUCUUUAAGAAAUCACCCUCAAGUGAGAAAGACCAGGAGUGUAAUGAAAGUGAGAGAGGCUGCAGUCCCAGCCCAAAUCUAGUUACACAUCAGGGAGAUACGACAGUAGAGGGAGUUAGUACAUUUGUUUCCUCUGGUCGAAAUUUCAUAGAGAAUUCAGAACCUAACAAAACCCAGAAGAAUUCUGUGGGAGAAAAGCCUCAUAUGUGUAAAGAAUGUGGGAAAGCCUUUAAUCAGAACUCCCAUCUUAUCCAGCACAUGAGAGUUCACAGUGGAGAGAAACCUUUUGAAUGCAAAGAAUGUGGAAAGACAUUUGGAACUAACUCAAGCCUUCGAAGACACCUGAGAAUUCAUGCUGGAGAGAAACCCUUUGCUUGUAAUGAGUGUGGAAAGGCCUUCAUUCAGAGUUCACAUCUCAUCCAUCAUCAUAGAAUUCAUACUGGAGAGAGACCAUAUAAAUGUGAAGAAUGUGGCAAAGCCUUCAGUCAGAAUUCAGCCCUUAUUCUACAUCAGAGAAUCCACACUGGAGAGAAACCAUAUGAAUGUAAUGAAUGUGGGAAGACCUUUAGGGUUAGCUCACAGCUUAUUCAGCAUCAGAGAAUUCAUACUGAAGAAAGAUAUCAUGAAUGCAGUGAGUGUGGCAAAGCCUUCAAGCAUAGCUCAGGCCUUAUUAGACACCAGAAAAUUCAUACUGGAGAGAAACCAUAUCUGUGCAAUGAAUGUGGGAAAGGCUUUGGUCAGAGUUCUGAACUUAUCCGGCAUCAAAGGAUUCAUACAGGAGACAAGCCCUAUGAGUGUAAUGAAUGUGGGAAAACUUUUGGUCAGAACUCAGAAAUUAUUAGACAUAUUAGAAUUCAUACUGGUGAGAAGCCUUAUGUAUGUAAGGAAUGUGGGAAGGCCUUCAGGGGCAACUCAGAACUUCUUAGACAUGAGAGAAUUCACACAGGAGAGAAACCCUAUGAAUGCUUUGAGUGUGGAAAGGCUUUCAGACGGACUUCUCACCUUGUUGUCCAUCAGAGAAUUCAUACUGGAGAGAAACCCCAUCAGUGUAAUGAAUGUGCAAGAACGUUUUGGGAUAACUCUGAGCUGCUUCUCCAUCAGAAAAUCCAUAUUGGAGAGAAGCCUUAUGAGUGUAAUGAGUGUGAGAAAACAUUCAGCCAGCAUUCCCAACUUAUCAUACAUCAGAGAAUUCACACUGGAGAGAAGCCUUACGAGUGCCAAGAAUGUCAGAAGACAUUUAGUCGGAGCUCUCACCUCCUCAGACAUCAAAGCGUUCACUGUAUGGAAUGAUCUACAAAAUGGGAAAGAUUUCUGGGGAAACACUUCAAACUACUAAUUUGUUCACAGUCUGUACCCCAGGUUUUCAGAAUGAGAACAUUCUCAAGAAUCUCUUCUGUCCUUCCACUGAUUUUGAUCUAAACAGUUGGUUGAAAAGGAUGAGGCGCUUUUAUGAACUAUUCAUUGAGAAGUUUCAAUGUACUGAAUUUAAUCAUAAAAGCUGUUUCAGGCCUUAAUUCUCCUCCUCUCUCCCAUUUUCACUCCCUUCCUCCUCCUUCCCCAGUGGAGUAUAUAACAUUAGCGGUCUGUACCAGCCAUCUAGCCUAAAUCGUCACUUCUCAGGAAAAAUGGGGAAUAUGAUUCCGCCACUUCCUAAGAAUGACAAAGUUGACUCACUGAAUGUUAUUCCCUGAAAUGUUAGAAAGUCAUGGCCUAGAAGACACAUCUUAUGCUUCUAUUCACUUUGUAGCAUUGGAUAGUGUAGUAAGCUUUUAUUAGCCUCAAAACCUUCCAACCAUGCUAUCAAGUUCCUUUAGAAGAUGUCAGCAUUAAUGAAGAAGCAGGAAUCUUGGCCCAUUUUACAUCUCCUGGCGGGUUCCCUCAUUCAUUCGAAGAUGGCAGAUGAAGGAAACUCACAGGCAAUUGACAGGAUUGUAAGUGAAGGCCCUUAAAAUUCAGAGGGGCUUAUUAGACAAGGCCAGGGGAUAAAUACAUGAUCUCAGACUCCUCAGCAGUGGGCAGAAACAGUUCCUUAGCAGCCGUUCCCCACUUCAGGGCUGCCCAGACUGACUGCACCCAAGAACCCUGCUGCAUUGAUUUUUGGCCCCAGGUCCUGCCACUGCUGACAGAUCCCAUGUCGGGAUGUAGCAGAGAAGACUGUGCAGCUUCACCUUCUCCAGGUACCUGGGUACAAUGAUGAGCCCGUUCACCAGAGUGACCAGGGCCUGGCCUUGCCAAAGCACUUAAGCUCUCAUAACCUGGACCCCACUGCUGUAGGCCCUGGUUGAUGAUAGGCCAGGAUGUGACAGCCCCUUCUCCAUUUGCCCAUUGACUUUGGAAUUCUCUUCAACAUCUCUACAUGAUUUUUCUGUUUUCCUAUGUGUUAUUUCUCCUUUGAGGCAACACAUCCUUGAUUUUUCACGCGUCCGCAUUUCUGAGGCAGUGGGUAGUAGUGGGAAUUGCACUAAUGGAUUCAAGGAGGCCUGGGGUCUGGCCUUAGAGCUACAUCUUGAUUAGGCACUUCAUCUGUCUGGUCCCUAAUUUUCUUAGCUGUAGAAUGAGACUUGAACUUAAUGAUCUCUGAAGUUUCAACCAGGCCAAUAAUUUCUUGAUUUAAAAAAAAAAAAUCUAACAUUAUGUAUCUUCAGUGUUCUGUAGUCUGUUACACUAAUGCUGAUCACUAAUAAUUUAUUGAGUGUUUACUGAUGCCAGGCACAGUGCCACUUUAUAUGCAUUAGGUUUUUUCAUAGCAUCUCUAUGAGGAGGGCACUCUUUUAAACAGCUUUAUUGGGGUUUAAUUUACAUACCAUAAAAUUCACCUGUUUUAAAUAUUCAACUGAAUGUUUUUUAGCUGAUGUACAGAGUUGUGCCACCACCAAUGAUGUGGUUGCCCAUUUAAAAGGUAAGGAAGCUGAAGCAGGGACAGGGUGGGGAUGUUCAGUAACUUACUUGUGAUCACAGAGCUGGUAAGUGCUAGAGCCCAGACUCCACCCCUGGUCUAUGCUCUUAACUGCUAUGCUGUGCUGUGGAUACCAGGAUUUAUUGCAAAGCUUAUGUGAAAUGUUUUGAAAAUAUUUUGAUUAGUUAUGACUAAACACUACUGGAUUUCAGUCAUGUCUUGGAAACAUAACUAGGCACAGCUAAAAUCCAUAAAAAUCCAUAAAGUGGGUUUAUUCCUUACUUCAAUAUAGGUGUUCCCCAGGUUCAUACCCGUGGUUUGAAACAGGGCUGUACAAAUGAACAAUUGACUGCAUACUGUUUCCACAUCCUUACAGGUUCUCCUGCCUCUAGCAGUCACACCCUUAGCGGGGAAAGUUCUUUGACUUACCUCUUACUUUAGGGUGAUUGGAGCCCUGGUGACGCUGUGGUUAAGAGCUUGGGUGCUAACCAAAAGUUCGAAUCCACCACUCACUCCCUGGAAAUCCUAUGGGGCGGUUCUUCUGUGUCCUGUGGGGCACUAUGAGUUAGAAAUCGACUCAUGGGCAACGAGUUUGUUUUUCUGUUUUGGUUUUAGGAUGAUUACGCGUGAGUUUGUGCCCUGCCAUAACUUCCUCACUUCUUGAAGCCUGGGUGUCACCUAUCCCUUUAACUUCUGGUUCCUGUGUUUGCAUAUUUUUACAUAUUCACCCCUUGCCAACCCUGAUAUAGAAUGCGGCAUCUCCUCAGGCUCCCUUCAAAGAGCCCACUCCCACAAACAACCAUGAAUAAUUUAGAUCUGACUCCAGCUGCUGUGUAAGAGGUGGAGAAGGGGGUUCACAUUGUAUAUCCUGUACACUUUAUUCUCAGAAGUCUCUUGUUGACCAAACCGCCACCGAUGGUUUUUCUUUGUCCUCCCCAUCACAGGCCUCAGCCACCUCCGCUCCUUUUUUCUUGCCAGGUAUCCAUCCCUCAGCUCAAUUACAUUCUUAACCCCUCACUGCUCAGCAAAACAAAAAACCCUUUAACAAUCCACUCAUUCAAACGUUGUCAUCUGCCAUUGAGUUGGUUCUUGGUUCCCAUUCAUAGCCACCCUAGAGGACAGAGUAGAAUUAGGAGGCAAUUUAGUGACUUUUAUUGUAUUUGCGAAUGAGGGUCUCGUAUCACAUAUCUCGAGAAGAAUCUCCCAUGGUAUAUACAGUUCUUUCUCAAGAGUAAUUCUUAGAUAUACUGGAAACCUGGGUGGUGUAGUGGUUAAGAGCUACGGCUGCUAACCAAAAGGCCCUUGGAAACUCUGUGGGGCAGUUCUACUCUGUCCUAUAGGGUCGCUAUGAGUUGGAAUCUACUCGAUGGCUGUGGGUUUGGUUUGGUUUUUUGGUUUUAGGUACACUGCACACACAUAUCCUGUCACCUUGUUUCCUAUCUUCUUCCACCUCUCACCCAGUUAUCUCAGGAAGAUUUUCCUUGUUUUUGUCACCUCCCUCUUCAUUUUGUUUGGGAGCCAAAAUCUGAUCGUAAUUUUGACUGGUAGGUAUAAUUUUCUGGAAGUAGAGUUCUAUCAGGGGAAAGAAAAGAUACAACUUUUCUUAAUUUUAGACCCAUUUAAAAAAUCAGGCCCCACAAUCUCAAAGUCCUACUGAAAUACCCAGAAAUACCCUUCAGAUUGAUUUGCGACUAUGCUCACAUACCUCUGCUUUCCCUAAUUAAGCAAUUUUACUGGUACACUAAAACUUUUAAUAAAGCGUUUCUUUACAGUU